AUGGAGAACGAACGCGGAGAGCUCGUCGACCUGUAAGCGGCCGCCGACAAGCCACCCUCCGCUCCAGGGCCGGUCCAUACUAACACAGACAAUAGCUACGUCCCACGCAAGUGCUCUGCCACCAACCGCAUCAUCAAGGCCAAGGACCACGCUUCCGUACAAAUUUCCGUCGGCAAAGUAGACGAGAACGGCCGCUACACCGGCGAGAACCAGGUGUACGCACUCUGCGGUUUCGUGCGCGCCAUGGGCGAGAGCGAUGACUCCAUCAACCGCUUGACUCAGCGCGAUGGUUUCCUGAAGGGCGUGUGGAGCGGAAGCAGAUAA